AGCUGUGGGGAGGGGGUGGGAGUGAUGCGAUGAGAAAGUGGGAUAUAAGACUGGGGUAGAAGGGGAAGGAAAAUUGGAAUUGAGAGGCUCGGUAAAAAAAAACAACAACCCCACCCCAACCAACCCUCACAGGUGAUCUGGUAGCAAUCCUCCGAGCAUCCUCCAUUCAGCCCUCGAUCCCUCGCAGGAGUGGAACAAUGUAAAGAAGCUAACCCGAUCCGUAACAUGAGGAAAUCAUUAGUCAGUCGAAAAAGGAAACCAAAUGGACACGACGAUCAAGCGUAGCGGCAUUCUGACAUUGAGGAUCGCAAAGGAAAAAGGGGUGGCGAGCAUUAUUAGUGCGGAGCAGUAGCGCCAAAUAAACCAACCUUCUUACAAUAGGACCCCCGUAUAAGCACGAUGGUAAAAGGGAGAACGUCAAAGAACGUUAAAUUAAUUGCUCUAGAACCAGCAAGGCUGCAAAGGGAAAAAAAGGAGGAUAAACACUCAGAAAGAUAGAGAGAGAAAAAGGGGAGAAAUAGGAAGAUAAAGCGUGGGAGCGAAAGUGCGGCAAGGAAACGUAGGAAAAAACGUAGUGAAUAGACGUAAUGCAACCUAGGUAAACGUGAGAGAAGACAAAGCAGAAACACUAGCAUCUUAAUCGGAAUCGAUGUAUAGAGGACCGUGGAGUGGGGCCGGCCAACCAUGCCGGGCCACCAAAGGUGGGACAAAAACGGGAGAAACGGUCAAAACGCGCGCGUUAAACCGUCGUUGAACCGAACCCAGUUAUGCAUGGCCGAGUGAGCGCCCUUCAACUUCAAAGGUGCCACCGCAGACCGCAUACUUCCAUUUUUGGUUUUUUUUUGUUGCCUUGUGUUCCUUGGCAGAUCCUUUUGCGCUCUGCUGGUCCGGACCCCGUCAGUCUCCUCAGUUCCAGUUUCUUUCGCAAGAUUUAAUGAUUCUUCGCCAAAAAGACCGUCUGUUGGUGCUUGGUGCUCGCUACCACGCACCGUGAUCGUGACACAUUCGUGCGAUCACAGACAAUGGCCCGAUAAAAGGAGGGCGGGUGAAGAAAUGAACUCAAGGCUAGUAAAUGGAAAUGGUGGUAAUUCAUUCUAGCGGUUAAAACGAAUUUAGGAAACAGAAUUCUGUGUUGCAGCUUGCAGCACGACCGCAGGACGCAAGGACAGCAGGGACAGUGGUUUUUUGGGACUCACCACGCGCGCGCACGUAUGAUUCGGCAGGUUUCAGUUUCAGGAAACGCCCGCGUACCCGCUGGUUUUUGGUUCGGGUUGAUGCUGUUGUGCUAGUUGUGACACUUCUCGUUGUGACGACAGUACGCACUGCUACACUGCCACGUCGCCAACGCCUUGCGGUUCGCCUUCGCGCAACAAACGAAAUGGCGAAUGGAGAAUUUUGGCUUUUGGUUUUCGGGAGAUUUCAUUUUAUCCGGGGGAGGGAGGGGUUGGAGAACACGGAUCCAGCGCGAACAGUCCCUAGUCCGGACCAGGCGGGGCUGCAGCGCAUCUGCAACAUAACACAACACACAACCUUUUUACGCUGGAAGGCAUGCGAGGGUUACAUGCGAGAUCGGACACUACUACUACGAUGUCGCAAUGUCUUUAUAAUUGUAAAAUGUAAUUACAUCAAUUACGUUAUGUAUGGUAUUUUACCAGCUUAAAUAAUAUAAAACAAACACACCGACACUAACAGAUUCACGCAUCAUUAACACAAAAAUCAACCUGAAACACAUCUGCAUUAUGAUUCACUCUACGAAGGAUGGGAGGAUGAUUUCUCGCGCGAGGAUCGCUGCAGCGAUCAGAGCAAAGCCAAACAGUCCACCAGCAAACUUACGGACACAAGCACCACACGGACACAAAACAAAAACACACCGAAACAAUGGUCUUCAAUCGGUUAUUUAUUUGAAAACAAUCUUUCUGAAAUUCAGACCAGCCGACGAUAGCGUUGGCCUUAAAGGGAGAGAGAGAGAGAGAGAGAGAAGGAUCCUCGUCGUCAAGGAUCGUCGCAGGCGUCGCAGGCCUGCUGUUGGUUGCUAGGGGGAUGGCUGGCAUGCACUGUUCCUGCCGAGUAGCUAGAAGAAAUCAAAGCACACCAUGCAGGAGUAGCAGCACCAGCAUCCUAGCAACCCAAAACAUCCAACAAAAUGGCAAAUGUAUGAGUGCACAACAGCCGGGCAGUGGCAGAGUUACGGUAGUAGGCAAAUAUCGGACCAAAUCCGAGAAAGACGCUGCCCGAUGGGGGCAGUCCAGUCUCCGUGUCCCCUGCCCGGCUGGGUGCGUGUGUGUCUAGGUGCGUUUCCUGCGUUUAGUUUACGGGUGGAAUGUUCAGGAAGAGAAUACGCGCACCGCACCACUCCGUUCAGUUUCAUUCGCGUAAAACGCGGCUCAGUUCCACGAUUCCGCUUGGUUCGAAUAAAAAAAAAACAAACAAACAAACGUCGUAAUCUGUACACAAAACCCAAACGGGAUUGCUGCACGUUGGACCCUGCUUCCGGUGUUCC